AUGCAGAUCGUGGAGACAAGCAAGACCAAGCUUGGCGAAGACCAUCCGGAUACAUUAGCAAGCAUGGCCAACCUUGCAUCGACAUAUAGGAACCAGGGCCGUAUAAACAAUCUUGGGGUCGCCUAUAAGUCCCAGGGCCGGUGGAAGGAGGCUAAGAAGCUCGAUGUCCAGGUUAUGGAGACAAGCAAGACCAAGCUUGGUAUAGACCACCCCCUUACAUUAAUAAGCAUAGCCAACCUCGCAUCGACAUAUAGGAACCAGGGCCGGUGGGAGAAGGCUGAGAAGCUCGAAGUGCAGGUCGUGGAGACAAGCAAGACCAAGCUUGGUGUGGACCAUCCGGAUACAUUAACAAGCAUGGCCAACCUCGCAUCGACAUAUAGGAACCAGGGCCGGUGGGAGGAGGCUGAGAAGCUCGAGGUGCAGGUCAUGGAGACUCGCAAGACCAAGCUUGGCGUGGACCAUCCGGAUACAUUAACCAGUAUGGCCAACCUAGCUUUCACCUGGCAAUCAUCUGGUCGGCAUUCCCAAGCGAUCGAAUUGCUCACAGACUGUGUUGCUAAGCAGCAACAAGUAUUAGGUCCCGCUCACCCUAAUACUCAGUCGUAUACUGUUAUCCUACAGAGAUGGGAGACUGGAGAUGUCGUUCAAUGA